AUGUCUUCCCGAACCCGCAGACCGUACCGCAUCGUUGCAAGCGUGGAGCGAAACUGGCUUCCCACUGCGUCGGAAGUUACCGAGGCUCAGAUUGCCGAGGCUGUCUCGGUGCACAAAGGCUUGCCAGAGGCUUUUGUGGAUCUGGCCCGAUCGGCGCAGCCGAAAGGUAACACCUGGAAGGCGGCUGCGGAAGCUCCUUUGGGAAGGCCACUCCAUCUAGCUGCUGUGAUGCUUCUCGCAGGGUGCCUGCUGGCAAGCAGUGCCACUGCCGACGUGGGAGCCGCAACAAUGCAGUCUCCGAAAACAUCCUCCCAGACUGCCUCGGCCUUCCCAGACUGGCGAGCACUUUUGAAACCGGAGUGGCGCGCUGCCCUCCGAACGGAUGAGAAGGCCGCGUGGCGGCGAGUCCCCAGAGCCGUUCUCAAACGCUUACGUGGAGUUGCUGCAGAUUUGGCGGACCUGCAGCAAGAUGUUUACGACGAGGACUGGCAGAACCUGGCAAUCUAUCCAAAUCUGCUACAAGCCUACUUGCCAGUCUUCACGAGGUACACCGACUCCGCCUUCCCCAGUGACUCACCAGUUGAUCAAUCGCUCCGAUUUUCCCUCCGCUACGAGGUUGGUGCCUUUUACAGGCAUGUGCGUGAGCUGGAAGAGGCUGUGGCAGAGAAGAACUUAUCCAGGGCUGAGGAAGCUAGCGCCCUGAUGAGUUUGUCCUACGACAGAUACCUCAAGGCCGGAGACUUGUACGAAGGCUACGAAGGGGACAAGUCUGCCGCGAUUGUUAGCCUGGAUAAGAUUGAGUACGAGACUCAUCUGAAAGCCGAGAGCCUUCGACUCUAA